GGUUAACAGGAGGACCAGGGUGCAGCGGUGAAUUGGCUUUGUUCUACGAAAAUGGUCCUUUUCAUAUAACAAGAAACAUGUCUCUUGCUUGGAAUGAUUUUGGUUGGGAUAAGGUUUCAAACCUUAUAUAGUUCUCACACUGAUGAUAUUCGGCACAGUGAAGACGGCGUCAGCAAUGAUCUAUACAACUUCUUGCAGGCAUUUUUUAAGGAGCAUCCCCAGUAUGUUAAGAAUGAUUUUUACAUUACCGGAGAAUCAUAUGAGGGGCAUUAUAUUCCGGCUUUAGCAGCUCGAGUACACAGGGGAAACAAAAAUAAAGAAGGAGUUUAUAUUAACCUGAAGGGAGUUGCUAUUGGCAAUGGACUUACAAAUCCAGAAAUCCAAUACAAAGCGUAUACUGAUUAUGCUUUGGACAUGCAAUUGAUCAAACAAUCUGAUUACAAAAGCAUGAGCAAGUCAGUUUUACAAUGCGAGCAGGCGAUAAAGCUCUGUGGCACCGAGGGUGGAACCUUUUGUGUUGGGGCAUACGUGUUCUGCAACACCAUUUUCAAUAAGAUAGUGGAACUUGCGGGUGAUAAAAAUUAUUAUGAUAUCCGAAAGAAGUGUCAGGGUAGCUUGUGCUACGAUUUCUCUAAUGUGGAGAAUUUCUUGAACCAAGAAUCGGUUAAAGACAUUCUCGGUGUUGGGAACAUAGAUUUUGUUUCAUGCAGUUCUGCAGUACACGAGGCGAUGAUCAUGGACUGGAUGAGGAAUCUUGAAGUUGGUAUUCCUUCACUCCUAGAGAAUGGAAUCAAAUUACUUGUAUAUGCUGGAGAGUAUGAUCUCAUAUGCAACUGGCUUGGAAAUUCGAGAUGGGUUCAUGCCAUGGAAUGGUCUGGCCAAAGAGAAUUUGUAGCAGCUUCAACCGUCCCAUUUUCAGUAGACAGAGUGGAGGCUGGACUUCAGAAAGCCCAUGGGCCUCUAACUUUCCUUAAGGUCUAUAAUUCUGGUCACAUGGUUCCUAUGGAUCAGCCCAAAGCAUCAUUAGAAAUGCUAAGAAGGUGGAUGCACAACAGACUGACAGAUGAUCACCUUGUACCUAUGUGAUUGCCACCUCUAAACAGGUCAUGCAAUCACUUGUGGCAUGUUCGUUACAAUGGACUUGAUAAUAUUAAAGAAGAAAAAGAAGUUUAGAUAUUGUCCAUUAUACUAUGGCCCUGUUU